UCGGUGUGUGAGGCUGUGCUGCCACAGAAGGCUCUAGGUAGUCAGCACACACUGUAGUGUGUACAGCAUAGACAUGUGUUGAGACCUAUGGUUGAGACACGGCCCAGUGAGUUCAGUCAGUGCUGCUGAGAGUGAGUGUGUGUGGAGUGUGCGCGCGAAACGCCAGCAGAGCAACAAACACACGGGCGGACGCAGACACGGUUUAUUCGACUGAGAGAGCUUCAGGUCGUUCUUCGGGGAGAUGGCAGGAAAGAUAUCUAAAGAUGAGCUGGAGGAGUUGCGGGAGGCCUUCGGGAAAGUCGAUUUGAAUGGCAAUGGCUUUAUUUGUGACCAUGAGCUCCACGAGCUGUUCAAAGAGGCCAAUCUGCCCCUGCCAGGGUACAAAGUCCGAGAGAUCAUCCAGAAACUGAUGGAAGAUGGUGACAAAAACAAGGACAACAAGAUCAGCUUUGAAGAAUUCCUGUCUAUCUUUCAGGAGCUGAAGAGCAGUGACAUCGCAAAGAGCUUCCGGAAGGCCAUCAACAGGAAAGAGGGGAUCUUGGCUAUCGGCGGGACGUCCGAGCUGUCCAGUGCGGGCACACAGCACUCCUUCUCAGAGGAGGAGAGGUUUGCUUUUGUGAACUGGAUCAACACAGCGCUGGAACAGGACCCUGACUGUAAACAUGUGCUACCCAUGAACCCCGAUACAGACUCUCUCUUCAAGGCGGUUGGUGACGGUAUUGUGCUGUGUAAAAUGAUCAACCUGUCAGUACCUGAUACUAUUGAUGAGAGGACCAUUAACAAGAAGAAGCUAACACCAUUCACAGUACAGGAGAAUCUUAACCUGGCGCUUAACUCGGCCUCUGCUAUUGGCUGUCACGUGGUCAACAUCGGAGCUCUGGACCUUCGGGAAGGCAAACCUCAUCUGGUUUUGGGCCUUUUGUGGCAGAUCAUUAAGAUCGGCCUGUUUGCUGACAUUGAGCUGAGCAGAAACGAGGCUCUUGCGGCGCUGUUGAGGGAUGGAGAGACACUUGAGGAUCUGAUGAAACUGUCUCCAGAGGAACUGUUGCUCCGCUGGGCCAACUUCCACCUGGAAAACGCCGGCUCGAGCAAGAUCAACAACUUCAGCAGUGAUAUUAAGGACUCGAGGGCUUAUUUCCACCUGCUCAACCAGAUCGCACCUAAAGGACAGAAGGAGGGCGAGAAACACAUCGACAUCGACAUGUCAGGCUUCAGCGAGAAAGACGACCUGAAGAGAGCCGAGUGUAUGUUGCAGCAGGCGGACAGGCUGGGCUGCAGACAGUUCGUCACGUCUACUGACGUCGUGUCUGGCAACCCUAAACUCAACUUGGCCUUCGUGGCCAAUCUCUUCAACAAGUACCCGGCGCUGACCAAACCCGAGAACCAAGACAUCAACUGGGGCCUUCUGGAGGGAGAGACCAGAGAGGAGAGGACUUUCAGAAACUGGAUGAAUUCUCUGGGCGUCAACCCUCAUGUCAAUCACUUAUACGGUGACCUUCAGGACGCUCUGGUCAUCCUGCAACUCUAUGAGAAGAUCAAGGUUCCUGUCGACUGGAACAGCAAAGUCAACAAGCCUCCAUAUCCCAAACUAGGAGCCAACAUGAAGAAGCUGGAGAACUGUAACUACGCUGUGGAACUGGGGAAGACCAAAGCCAAUUUCUCACUGGUGGGCAUCGGGGGACAGGACUUGAAUGAUGGGAACCCGACUCUCACUCUCGCCCUGGUCUGGCAGCUCAUGAGGAGAUACACUCUGAAUGUACUGGAGAACCUGGGCGACGGGCAGAAGGUCAACGAUGAAAUCAUCGUCAACUGGGUUAACAAGACUUUGUCGCAGGCGGGAAAACCAACCAAAAUAAUGAGUUUCAAGGAUAAAGAGAUCAGCUCGAGUCUGGCGGUCUUGGACCUGAUUGAUGCCAUCCAGCCCGGCUGCGUCAACUACGACCUUGUGAAGAGAGGAAGUCUUACCGAAGAAGACAAACUGGACAAUGCAAAGUUUGCUGUGUCCAUGGCCAGGAAGAUCGGGGCUCGCGUCUACGCUCUGCCUGAUGAUCUAGUGGAGGUCAAACCCAAGAUGGUCAUGACCGUGUUCGCGUGUCUAAUGGGCCGAGGGAUGAAGAGGGCGUAACGCGGGACCCUGCGGACAAUCAAGCGCUGAUGUCCUACCCAAAAGCCAUUUUGCUGGUUGAAAGGCUUCUGGUUCAGUAAAUUUAUUACAACCACACUAAAAAUGGCAACAGAUGUUAAAGAAUCAUGCUUAGGUUUGGCAGGACUACAAAGUUGAAAUGGGUUUAUGGAAAGGGAGGGUCAGUUCUUUUUAGACCAAAACAAUUACGAUUUCAUCCGCGAAAGGGACAAAAUAAUACCAAAUUUUAUCGUCAGUGAAACGGAAGAUGACUAAAGCGUUGGAUCUAAACCAUGUCGGACUCUGCUUUGCAAUACUCUAUUUACAUAAUCGAUAAAGGAAGAAUGUACGAGUGCUAGCUGUAGGUCUCAAUUGGACAGCUUUGGACGUUUAGAGUCACGACUGGCCUUACUAGACGCAGUAUUGCCUCUAUGCAGAGCAUGAUUGUGUUUGAACCAUUGAAUUGGACCGCUUAUUUUCCUUAUGUUUUACACACGUUACGGAAUUUGCCAGCAACUUUCCUGUGAGACACUUUAACGCAUUCCAUAGUUGUGUACUACUUGUCUUAUGUAUAUGUAUACUCAAAAUGGCUUUUUACAUUCAAGAUACACCCAAACAGAACGAACUAUGCAUGAUCUAUCUAUAUUUUUUAUUUAAAACAAUACACUCCUCAGAAAAUGUCUUUAAAAGCUUUAAGCAUUAACCAAUCCAUGCUGUACGUUGUAAGAUGACGAAUGAACGCUGUCGCAGAGGAAGGUCAUCCGUCGGUUGAUGUCGAAGGACUGUUUCCGGGAAUGAAACUGGAAGUGUCUGGUCAUACGGCAGCAUGUUAUCUGUGGACCGAAGCAGCUGACACCAAAUGUCUGUAACUGAAAAACAUCAUUAAAAUAAAGCAGAAAAUGCAACUGUGCAUAGCAUUA